CAGUCAAGGGAUGUUCUUGCUAUGGUCACAGUCUGAGUAUAUUCACACACCCAGUCAAGGGAUGUUCUUGCUAUGGUCACAGUCUGAGUAUAUUCACACACCCAGUCAAGGGAUGUUCUUGCUAUGGUCACAGUCUGAGUAUAUCCACACACCCAGUCAAGGGAUGUUCUUGCUAUGGUCACAGUCUGAGUAUAUUCACACACCCAGUCAAGGGAUGUUCUUGCUAUAAUCACAGUCUGAGUAUAUCCACACACCCAGUCAAGGGAUGUUCUUGCUAUGGUCACAGUCUGAGUAUAUCCACACACCCAGUCAAGGGAUGUUCUUGCUAUGGUCACAGUCUGAGUAUAUCCACACACCCAGUCAAGGGAUGUUCUUGCUAUGGUCACAGUCUGAGUAUAUUCACACACCCAGUCAAGGGAUGUUCUUGCCAUGGUCACAGUCUGAGUAUAUCCACACACCCAGUCAAGGGAUGUUCUUGCCAUGGUCAUGGUCUGAGUAUAUCCACACACCCAGUCAAGGGAUAUUGUUGCUACAGUCACAGUCUGAGUAUAUCCACACACUCAGUCAAGGGAUGUUCUUGCUAUGGUCACAGUCUGAUUAUAUUCACACACCCAGUCAAGGGAUGUUCUUGCUAUGGUUAUGGUAUGAGUAUAUUCACACACCCAGUCAAGGGAUGUUCUUGCUAUGGUUACGGUAUGAGUAUAUUCACACACCCAGUCAAGGGAUGUUCUUGCUAUGGUUACGGUAUGAGUAUAUUCACACACCCAGUCAAGGGAUGUUCUUGCUACAAUCACAAACUGAAUAUAUUCACAUGCCCGGUCAAGGAAUGUUCUUGCUAUGGUCACAGUCUGAGUAUAUUCACACACCCAGUCAAGGGAUGUUCUUGCUAUGGUCACAGUCUGAGUAUAUUCACACACCCAGUCAAGGGAUGUUCUUGCUAUGGUCACAGUCUGAGUAUAUCCACACACCCAGUCAAGGGAUGUUCUUGCUAUGGUCACAGUCUGAGUAUAUUCACAAACCCAGUCAAGGGAUGUUCUUACUAUGGUCACAAUCUGAGUAUAUUCACACACCCAGUCAAGGGAUGUUCUUACUAUGGUCACAAUCUGAGUAUAUUCACACACCCAGUCAAGGGAUAUUCUUGGUACAAUCACAAUCUGAGUAUAUUCACACACCCAGUCAAGGGAUGUUCUUGCCAUGGUCACAGUCUGAGUAUAUCCACACACCCAGUCAAGGGAUGUUCUUGCCAUGGUCAUGGUCUGAGUAUAUCCACACACCCAGUCAAGGGAUGUUCUUGCCAUGGUCAUGGUCUGAGUAUAUCCACACACCCAGUCAAGGGAUGUUCUUGCUAUGGUCACAGUCUGAGUAUAUUCACACACCCAGUCAAGGGAUGUUCUUGCUACAAUCACAAACUGAAUAUAUUCACAUGCCCGGUCAAGGAAUGUUCUUGCUAUAGUCACAGUCUGAGUAUAUUCACACACCCAGUCAAGGGAUGUUCUUGCUUCAGUCACGGUCUGAGUAUAUUCACACACUCAGUCAAGGGAUGUUCUUGUUACGGUUACAAUCUGAGUAUAUUCACACACCCAAUCAAGGGACGUUCUUGCUCCAGGUGUGGGGCCCAUGUCAUCCUCGCUCCCUCAGCAGCAUGAGUCACAUCAUCAUUGAUGGAUAAAUCAGAAAAGGAAGAGUUUCUGGGUUCAUUCGAUAUUGUAAGAUAGGAAGCUUGAAAAGAAAUGCCAUACACUGUUGACUCAUUCAAAUGAUGAUGAAAGUAAAUUUUAGCUACUUUAGAAUGAACUUUGGGAUUUUUAAAAAAUACUAUACAUAACUGAAAAAUGUUUUAUGUGAGGUGUGGAUGCUACCAUUGAAAUACAUGUAAUAUUGUGUGACUGGACUGUAACUUGAUUGUGACUGUUUCUGUAGUGUGAAUCAGGCCGUAGUUACAGAGUCUGGGACUGGUACAUUGGCUGUGGUGGGCAUGUGGCACUGAGUUACUGUUGCCAAAACCAUUGGGGGUGAUCAGUUUUUAUUAAAUUUCAUAGUAGUUAAAUUUAGAGCUAAGAAUAAUGCUGUGUCUUUUCAAAACACACUUUGUAAUGGAAUGUUUAAUUGUCAUCAGAAGUUGAGAAAUAACAUCAGUGCAUUGCAAAGGGCUGUAAAUAUAUAUUUCAGCUCAUAUAAUAUUGUAGACCAUGUCUGGAAGGUCCUAUAACCAUUAUCUAAUUGUUUACCAGCAAACAAACCUUGGCAUACAUUCUUAUUUGGAAUUUUUAUAUUUAUGGAUGUCAUCUUAUUUCUACUUGACACUUAGUAUGUGAAUUAGGUUUCUUACUGUUCUGUUUAUGCCUUUGACUAACAACCCUUCAGAGUGGGAGCAGGUUUUCCAAAAGUAAUUGUAAGUGAAUGUUAACCAAUUAAAAUACUAUGAGUAUUUGAAAGGAAUGGUAACACUAGGGUGCUUUAGUUUUAUCUUUCCUUUUCUUCCGAUAUUUUUUUCUGCACUGAUCGUCAUUAUUGUUUUCCAUUCAUAUUGCUAAUUUCAUCCAUUUUCAUCUUUGUUUCAACUCCUUAUUUUUAAGAUUACUCCCCAGGCAACAGGUUCUUGAUGCUGACGGAUUCACUGCGUCUUUGUUGGUUUUAGCUUUAGCUCACUCUAGCCUAAAUUAACUUAUAUACAUUCAAAUUAACUAUCUACUUCUAUUAUGAGUUCCUGGUUAUAUAUAUAUAUAUAUAUAUAUAUAUAUAUAUAUAUAUAUAUAUAUAUAUAUAUAUAUAUAUAUAUAUAUAUAUAUAUAUAUAUUUUCCAGAGUGUAACAAAAAUUCACCUUCAGCACUAAAAAUUAGUCAUCCAUCAUUGUUCCCCUCAAUUUUUAAAGCCAACAGAGCAGUGUAACGAUGAUGCUUGACCUCCACCUUUCACUGUUGCCCAAUAACUUGCUUUGCUUGCCUCAUCCCUGGCGUUGGUCUCUGUG